UCCUUUCCCUCUUUAUUUCCCUCAAACCAUACAACACUUCUGUUCCAAAACUAAUAAACCAAUCUUGAAAAUCCAUGGAAUCAAUUGUCGCACAAACCCAACCAUUACAAUUCAUAACCCCAAUAAUGGCUUCAAAACUAAUCCCCACAAUUCGAUUUACUACAUUCAAACUCUUCUCAACUUCAUCAUCUUCAGCACCCGUUAUAAUAACUACUACCCCUGUCAUAGAACAAAACCCAACUACUACUACUCCAAGAAAUGGAGCUUCAAAGGGUAGGGGCAGUAAAGGAAUUUUGGAAGCUCAGUUGAAAAUGGACUGGUUAGAGUCUUUAUCUUGCCCAUUUCCAUACACAGAGCCUUUGAACACGGGUUGGGUUAUUGGAGUUGACCCGGAUACUUCUGGUGCCUUAGCACUCUUAAAACCAAAUCAACCUCCUCAGGUGUUUGAUUCUCCUCACUUGAAGGUACUUGUUGGCAAAGGACUGAGGAAACGCUUAGAUGCAAAAGCUAUUGUUCAGUUGCUUCAAAGUUUUGAAGCUCCUAUAGGAACAAUUGCGUACGUUGAACAAUCAACUCCGUAUCCACAAGACGGUAAGCAGGGAUGGUGGAGUGGAGGAUUCGGCUAUGGACUAUGGAUUGGGUUGUUAGUUGCGUCCGGAUUUUCCGUUAUUCCUGUGCCAUCAAGUGCAUGGAAGAGUGAGUUUCAACUUACAAGAGAACGCUCAAACAAGGAUUAUAGCAGGGAAGCAGCAUCUUCAUUGUUUCCCUCUUUGAGUACUCUAUUAAAAAGGAAGAAAGAUCAUGGUCGAGCUGAGGCUCUUCUCAUUGCUGCUUAUGGCAAAGGCAUCAAGAUAAAUUCUGAGCCUCUUUGCUCCGUGGAAAAUUAGAUGCCUUAGGAACUGGAGAAAAGCUCCGAUGCUUAAUCGUUGCUGGAUAAAUCCAUUUGGAAGAAUUAUGCAGUAAAAGAGAAACAAUUAGUCGACAAGGUUUUUCAAUCAAUUCACAUAUUUCCAACUGACUCCAUGAGAUCUCAACGUAAGCAUUGGCCAAAUCGAGCUCAUCCUUUCUGUGUUAAACUUAAUUGUCAGUUCUGUUGUAAAGGAAUAUCUUCAUCUAGAUUGUAGGAUAAGUAGUGUAGAUUCCUCAUUAAUCACAGCUAGAGAAGGGGAAUUGCAGACCUUAAUUCCUUGGUCUAUAUUGUUUUAUCAUUGUACUGAAUGCACGUUUAGCAUGAAACACUGUUAUGUAUUUAUUUUGAUUCACAUAUACAAUGACAUCCAACAAUAGGUUCGCGGUUUUGGCAAAA